AUGAAGUCAUUAUGUCUAGUAGGUCGAAAACGAAUCGCCCUAGUGGAUCAAUCAAUCCCCCAAAUCCAAUAUGAUGACGAGGUUCUAUUAAAAGUAGCCUUCUGCGGCAUUUGCAGCAGUGACGUGCUGGAAUACACAUCGGGACCCAUUUUUUGCAGCCAGCCAGGCGAACAGCACCCUUUGACUGGGGUCCGGUUACCUUCAUGCUUGGGUCACGAGUAUUCUGGUACCGUUGUUCGCAUGGGCGCCAAUGUGAUCAACGUGAAGCUAGGCGACCAUGUGUGUGUCGACGUGGCAUAUGGCUGUAAUGAACAAGGUGCCGAACCACUCUGUCACGCGUGCACUCUCAACUAUAACAAUGCAUGUGCCCGGAUCGCGCUGCGCGGACUUGGCGCCCCUGGUGGAGGGUUUUGCCAGUAUGUUGUUCUACCCAGCCGCUGCCUACACAUUCUCCCCGACUCUAUUCCGCUAGACGUGGGCGCGCUGGUCGAGCCCCUUUCCAUUGCAUGGCACGCGGUGCGUGUCUCUGGAUUUCUAAAAGGUCAAACAGCGCUUAUUGUGGGCGCAGGACCUAUUGGGCUUGCCCUCAUUUUAGCUCUUCAAGCGCAUGCAGCCGGCCAAAUUAUAGUAAGUGAGCCCGGACCUAUUCGGCGGCAACAUGCACGUAACCUCGGAGCCACCCAUGUUCUUGACCCCACAAAAUUUAGCUCGACAAUAGAUUUGGUUGCUGCAAUUAGUCAUUUGACACCACCAUUUUACGAGGGCGUUGAUGUGUCGUUUGACUGUGGUGGCGAACAAGAUACUAUGGACGCCGUGCUCAAAACUCUGCGGCUUGGCGGCACUGCUGUUAAUCUAGCCAUUUGGCAAAAUCCCAAGGCUCAAAUCUCGCCCAUUGACUUGACUUCGCGUGAACGCAAGUUUAUGGGAUCGAUGGGGUUUUGCGGUGAAGAUAUGGAUCAGGUAAUUGAGGCCUUGAAUAGAGGUAUAAUACCCAUGGAGCGCGUGCAACAGCUAAUUUCUUCUACAGUUACCCUAGAUAACGCUAUUGAGUAUGGAUUUAAUGCACUGAUACGACACAGAGACCGGAUAGUCAAGAUUCUGGUAUCACCGGCUACAUGUGAGGCCCAAACGGAAGAAGAAAGCUACGAACAAUCAGGAGAAGAGUAUCGAGAUGAUACCAGAAGAAGGAAUGAGAGUAGGGGCAGUGGAAGUGGAAGUGGUAGUAGUAAAAGCAGUAGCAGUAGCAAAAGCAGUAGCAGUAGCAAAAGCAGUAGCAAAAGCAAGCGGCAUGGCGAUUCUAGGAGCAGAGUUCACAGCUCACAGAGACGCAGCAGUCAGCAGCGGCAACAACAGCGGCAACAAUAUUAUGAUCAAUCUGGAACAGCAGAAAUGUUUGAUACUGAAAUGAAUGAGUCAGACACAAGAAACUUUGCAAUGUAUUCACAUGAGGGUAGUAUAGGGAACUGUACCGACGAUCCAUCAGAUCAUACUCUGGUUUGA